CGCCAAACGGAGGCAGAAUGGACACAACCCAAAUCUUAUACAUCGACCGAAAUUAUUCCAAUGCCAUCUACCUCAAAUGGUGAAAACAAUGUAUAUAGUAGCAGUACUUCUGGUGAUGGUUUCAACUUGCCUAACAUCUAUCCAACUAACAACGAUUUACUUGAAGGUGACGGUGAGUUAGAUAGUACUAACCCUUUUCCAGCUAUAUUUUCAGAUUCAGAUAGUGAUCACGGGGAUACCGAUCGCGGCAGUGAUGAUGAAGAUAUCACAGCGUGUUGGGAGGAAGCCUGGGCCUUCAUGGGUAAAUUAUCACCCAUUGAAGGCCUGAGAACAUGGGCUAUUGUUAAAAACGUGCCGCGAACGACGCUCAAUUUACUUUUGGCGGUCUUGCGGAAUUUGUAUCAUUUAGACGUUCCAAAAGAUGCGCGGACAUUCCUCAAAACCCCCACCGAGGUCGGUUUGGAAGUACAAACGAUCUCGGGCGGUGAAUUUUGGUACCAAGGGAUUGAGACGGUCCUACGCAACUAUUUUAGGUAAGUGCUUAAAAAUUUUUAUUUAUUGGGUUGCAUAGUGUUCCUAAUUUAUUUUUUUCCUUUCUUACAGAAAUACCAUUCCCGAACACGACACUUUAAAAAUACAAAUGUCGAUCGACGGGCUUCCCCUAUUUAAGAGUUCCACUAAGCAAUUGUGGCCAAUUCUAAUAUGGGUGGAAAGUUUGCCUGAGGCUCCGGUAAUUGCCUGAGGCUCCGGUAAUGCUUGUCGGGCUUUUUUGCGGACAAACUAAACCGGGGCUGGUGGAAGAGUUCUUAGGCCCACUAGUGGAGGACUUUAAUAGACUCCAAGAAACAGGCUUGCGGUUCGGCGACAAAGUGGUACGCUUAUUACCAAGCGCAUUUGUCGCCGAUUCUCCAGCGCGGGCAUUUGCUAAAGGUAUGCAAAGCACUAUUGUUAUGAAAAUUAAGAAUAUUUUUUUAUUUUAUGUUAUGUUUCUUUCCAGGUACAGUUUACUUUAAUGCAGCGCAUGGGUGCUUAAAGUGUACCUGUGUAGGGGUACACCUCAACUCGGAGCACAAAAUGAUUUUUGAAUCCGUGGACGCCGAACUGCGUACGGACGUCGGCUUUAAACAACGAGUAGACAAAGACCACCACAAACCAUGGCGAUCACCAUUAGAAAAGCUCAAAAAUUUUAAUAUGAUCGACGGUGUUCCCUACGAAGGUCUCCAUCAGUUUGAUCGCGGGGUGACCCUAAAGCUUGUUCUAGGGUUAUACGAGGGAAUUUUUGAAAAUUUUGAAAAGUGGUCACCCCGACAAAAGGAAGCCGUGAAUACUUUUUUGAUAAAGACACGGCUUCCUUCGGAAGUGAAUCGCCCUAUGCGAUCCUUCCGCUAUCGCCAUUUUUGGAAGGCCACCGAAUUUCGGUCCUUCCUUCUUCAUAUUAGUAUUGCGGUCUUGAAGGAUUUUAUGUCUUUUGAUGCAUUCAAUCACUUCUUGUGCUACUUUUGCAGUGUGACGAUUUUUAAUUCAACGGCACACAAGCAUCUUUGGCCUCUUGCGGAAAAGUUCUUAUACAACUUUGUAAAGAACUUUCCGCAGUAUUAUGGUCGAGCCCAUAUGACCAGCAACGUUCACAAUCUCCUGCACGUGUCAGGAGACGUUAACAUGUUUGGAGCGGUUCCUGAAUAUUCCGCAUAUCGGUAUGAGAAUUAUCUUCAAAUUGUACGCCGAUAUGUGAGAUCGGGCACGCAUGUAGUAACACAGGUAGCCGGCCGUAUGCAAGAAAUUGCAUCAGUGCAAGUGGCUACCAAUCGUGUUACUCAAACAUACCCCCGGUUGAAGGGCAAUGGUGCCGGUAUACACGUAACCGCCGAUUUUGUCCUACUGCCAAACUUUAAGGAUCAAUGGUUUUUAACCACCGAAAAUGGCAUUAUAAAAUUUUUAGAAGCGAAGAGGAUUUCUUCGCUGUUGUACACCGUAAUUGGAAUCCAGUAUGAAACCUGGACGGAACAGUUUAGUGCGUCGGUAGACGGUGAUCAGUUAUCGUCUACCGACCUACACAUCUAUAAGAUAGAUGAAAAUGGUCCAUCCAGGUCGGUGGAAAUACCACAUUAUGCGAUCAAGUGCAAAUUUGUUGCACUUCGCCUACCCUCUACUUCCUUUAAACAUCCUGAUCCGCAACUAUCUUCCAGUCUAAUCUCCUUAACUCCCCUUCUUCAUACUUUUUAAUAAACUAACUGUAUCAACUAACAUAUUUCAUGUAACCCGUCACUAACUGUCCUGUUUUCUGAUUAACAUUUUUAUUAAUUUAUUAUUGCCUAUAUUUUAAGUUCUAUUCCUUUUUUAAUUUAUAUGAUCGCAUACGAUGUGUUUCCAUCACUAUACUGGAUCUUUGUUGCCCGAUUUAACGUGGGCCGACCACUUUUACCGCUUUGUGCAUUAUAAAGCUCACAAUGGUCAUUUGUUAAGGUUUUUUUUUAAUAACAUGGUUAGGCCAGAUUAGUAUAUUAACACGGUUAGGUUAAGUAGUAUAUUAGAUAGUAUUAGAAUAGCAGAUUUUUUAUGGGGAGCCAAUGACCAUUGUUGGUACAUAGCUUUAUGUUUGCCAUGCGGGGCCCCAUGCACUGUAAUGCCCGCGUUUCCGCAAGUCUUGUACUAGUGAGGUGUUGAGAUCUCUAAUUAAGAGCUGCUGUGUCCUCGUGAUCAUGGAAGCAGGAUUUUUAUGGUAGGA